AUAAUACAUUGGCAAAGGAAUGCGCUUUAGACCAAAGAUCAUAGAGCGGAGGCCGAAUUUAAAUGGCCGAGUUUAAAAGUGACCUUAAUAUCAACUGGGAGAUAAGAAAAUGUACCUUUGGAACAGAGUGGCAAUUAAGCUAUCUCUAUAUUUUUGAUAUGGAAUAUAAACUGAUUUCCCUGUUUAGGAAGAAGUUUGAAGAUUCAAGGACAUAAUUUCUCUUAUUUCAAAAUAACACCAUUGGAACAAAUUGCUGGGCAACGGUGAAGAGCGGCAACAUGUUUUACUUUGCGUACAGCUUGUCUCUCCUCUUUGGUCUAAUUUGUGUAAUCAUCGUGAUUACCUGGAAUACAUGUUAUCGAGGAGGUUUUGCUUGGGAUGGAACAGGAAAGAUGUUUAACUGGCACCCUCUUUGCAUGGUGUCUUGGUUUGUGCUCUAUGGCAAUGCCAUUCUUGUGUACAGGUUGCCCUUUACGUGGUCGAGCAACAAGAUAACCCUAAAGUUGGUACAUGCUGCCCUGAAUCUUGGUGCACUGAUUCUCGCAGUUAUUGGGUUGUUGGCAGUAUUUGGAUUCCACAAUAAGAUGCAUAUUCCCAAUUUGUAUUCCAUACACAGCUGGGUGGGAUUUGCAACAGUCAUCCUCUUUAGCUUGCAGUGGCUCCUGGGAUUCCUGUCCUUUUUGUUGCCCUGUGCUCCGCUCUGGGUCCGAGCUGCAUACAAAGAUGUACAUGUCUUCUUUGGAAUUUGUUUCUUAGCAAUGACUAUUGCUGCUUGUCUCUCGGGAAUCAAUGAAAAAUUAUUUUUUGUGCUCAAUGCUGCCAACUCGUCUACACCAUAUAUGAAGCUUCCACCUGAGGCAUAUUUGGCCAAUACUUUGGGAGUUUUACUGCUGUGUUUCUCCCUGACUGUGGCCUGGAUGCUCUGUAAAUGUGAAUGGAAGCGACCAAGCGCCCACACAUCCAUCCUCAAUGAUGCCAUAGAGCCACUUCUGGGUGAAAUAUGAAUAAUGAAGAUACUGGCAAUUUUCUGGAAACAGUAAAAAGAGUCUUUCUUGGGAGGCGUACUACUGUUAUGCCUUUCUAUUGAAUUAGAUUUCCCAAGAUUUCUUGGGCUCGGAUUAUUGAGUUGAGCACGUUGGCAUUGACACAUUUUGCUAUUUAAAAAUAUCAACAAGACAAAGUUGUGGUCAUUGCCAAGCUGAUAAUUUAUUUGAAAGGGAACUUUAAUUUAUAACUGGGAGAGAGAAGGGCAGAACUCCUUUUCAAAAAAACCAUUAGGUUGCCAUUUGUAGACUUGCAGAAAUGUUAAAAAAAAAAGAUUGAGGUGAUCAGGCAAACAGAUUAAAUGGAUUCUUGAUCCACCGUCCCCAUUUGAGGCCAUAAACUUUAAGUUAAGGUGAAUUGAAUUAUUACUUACAAGUCACAAGUUUUCAAUUUUUUUCUCCCCAUAAUCAUUUUUAUUUUUUAAAUUAAAUAUUGCGUGCUACUGUUUUAUAAUCAAAGUUAAUUUCUAUUGCUAAUGUGGAAAGAGCACUUUCCAAAAUUAAUUAUUUUCAUAAUUUUAGAAUCAAUUCUGUAAUCUACCUUAUUUCCUAAAGAUUUUUGAAUGAAGUAACGUGUUGUGUUUGACUUUGGAAUUGGAUUUGAAUUCAGAUCAGAGUGUCAGCCCAAAACUGUAGCCAACAUAAGUUGUCACUUGUAGAUCUUAAAAUGAUAAAAUGUCCAGAAAUCGUUAUUGUUUCUACACCUUAGCAAUAAAUUCCGCAUUGCACUUCACUAUUUAGUUGCAAAAUGCAGGCACAGCUUUUGUUGGAAGUAGGUAUCAGAUGGUGAGGAAAGACUUUUGGGCAGUAUGUCCAAACAUUUUUUUAAUAGAAAGGAGGUAAUUUUAUGUUUAUUUUAAAUGUUUGUGAUUGAUCUAUUUGUCAAAUUAAAUUAAUGUAUAUAAAUGGAUAAAGGAGUUAUCAAUGUAUGUUGCUGUGUUGGUGACCGGCAAUGAAAAUUAUAAACAUUUACUUAAAAUA